AUGGAUGGUUCUAUGCUCUACGAGCUGCACUGCAAGGUUCUCCGGUGGAGUUUCAUCAGCCUCAGCGACAAAAGGUGCGAUUUGGGGACUGCCGGUGAUGAAGCUGGCGGUGAAGGGUUCGAGGAGCUUGAUCAGCUGUGUUCUGCUUUUGGUUUGCCAGAUCUUGGUGAGGCGGAACACCUUGUCACCCUCUGGCAGAUCAAGGGAUCCACCAAGGACAUGGCGUCACAGAUCACCAAGAGCCAUGGACUAUAUGGAAUCUACUUUGCAGAGGCACCGCCAGAGGAUGGACGAGCGAUGGGUGCAACUUUUUCAUCAUCAUCGUCGUUCCAACGAUGA